AUGUCUACAGUGGAGAAGCUGCUGAUCAAGGGCGUGCGCUCGUAUGAUCCAGAGUCGCAUCAGGUCAUCGAGUUCCUGCACCCAAUGACUGUCAUCAUUGGCGCCAACGGCUGCGGAAAAACGACGAAACUGGACCGCUUGGAUGAGCUCUCGGCCCGCAUUCAUGAACGCAAGACGAAGCUUGCCAUUCUCCAAGACCGCUAUAAGCAUCUGAAACAGCAGCACAGCGAGAGCGCCCGCUUGCUCUCCCCGCAUCUCCCAGACUCGACCGAGGAUUUGAAGCAGAAACUGCGACAGUACGAAUCAGAGGUGGCGAGCAAGCGCCAGAAGUUUCAAGAGACAAAGGCCGAGUCUGACAAGGCAAAGGAGAAAUUGCGGCGGCUGGAGCACCAGCUCUCCGACCUCAAGACAGACCUUGGCGCCUACUCUCAAGCAAGCACGGAGCACAAGCGAAAGCUGCAAGACCGCAAGCAGCUCGUCGUUGACCUAUGUCGAGAGCUCGCCAUCGCUGAUGUGGUUGAGCCUGAGGCGUUCCUCGAGUAUCUACAGGGACAGCUCAAGGACGCCGAGGCCCGCAUGAAGGAAACAAAGGCGAGCUACGACCAGAAGCAGAGCCGUGUUGACGAGAAGCACGAGCAGAAGCGUGCAAAAUUCAAUCAACUGCAAGCGCGCUUGCAGCAUCUCAAGCAGACGGAGGACAAGUGCCGCAAGACGAUCCGCUCGCUGACGCAGCAGCUGGAGCAGGCGCCGGCACAAACAACAGACGUGCAGUCGCUGGAGGCGCUCGUCAACACAGCCGAGCUUGAGCACAAGCACGCAGACGACGCGCUCAAGGCGUUUGAGGCGGAGAUUGCAGAGAAGAACAUCGAAAAGCAGAAGAAAGACACCCAACAACAGCUGAAAAGGGCAACCGAGCGCCUGCGCCGGAUCCGCCAGGAUGAGGAGCUGCAACGCAAGAUCCAGACAACGAAGGAUGCCAUGGAACAGAGCAAGCAGCGCGUCGACAAGAUUCUGAAGAAGCACGGGUCUGAGCUGGAGGAUGCUGCUGGCGAUCAGCUCUCACCAGACCGCUACCACGCCGCAGUUGUCGGCGCCCUGCAAUCGCAGGAGCGACACCUGGACAACGCCAACCGCAACCGCGAUGCUGUUGUGCAGCACUUGGCCGACAAGAACGCGCGUCAGUCGGCCAUCAAGCAGUCUCUUGAAACGUUGCAGCAGGAGCACAGCGCGUGGUCGCAGCGGCUGGCGAAGGAGUGCCCAGAAAAACCGCUGGACGACGCUCUCAAGGAAGCAGAGGCCGCCCUGCGCGAUAUGCGAAGCAUGCAAGACCUGCGCCCGGCCAUGGCAAAGGUGUACAGGGUCAUCAAGCAGAAAUCUCAACAGACGCACGCCUGCUUUGUCUGUCAGCGUGAUUUCGCCUCAGAUCAGGAAGCAGAGGACUGCCUGCGCCUGAUUGAGGAGAAGAUGCAACGGUUCUCGUUGGAGAGCUCAGGCGAUGCCGAGAGCGUGACGGUACAACAGCAAAAAGUCGACAAGUUGAAGGGGCUUCAGAUGGAGGCGAAGCGGUUCCAGCGGCAGGAGGAGCGCAUGUCGGAGCACGAGGGCGAUUUGGCCGCGCUCGACAACGAAAUCGAGGAACUUGAGGCCGAGAAAGAGAAGACUGAGAGCCACAUUGAUGACACGAAGGACGCCAUCCAGCGUCUGCGCGCUCUGUGCGAUGUGGCAAAGGAUCUUAAGGCGUCACAGCAGCGCAUCAACACCUACACCAAGGAGAUCAGCAGCCUCACGUCCCGCCUCACCUCGGGCGACACCAUCACGUUGGAUGAGGCUGAGCAGGAGCUGCAGAAGCUUCAACGAAAGCGGGAGGAGCUGUUGCAGGAGGAGAGCGACGUUGUGCGUCGUCGAGGAAAACUGCAGAGUGCAUGUGUGCAAACGCAGCAGGGCGUGUCAACAAGGAAGGAUGAGCUGGCGAAAGUGCAUCAGGCAUUGGCGCAGCAAGCGCGCCUGCGCGAGCAGAUUCAAGCGCAGUCGCAAGAACUCACGGCCACACAAGACCAGCGCAAGGCGUUGAGGACGGACCAGCAGCAGUACGAGAAGGCGAUGGAGGAUGCGGACCGUGAGCGGCGGGAUUUGCAGCACGAACGCGAGCAGGUGUUGGAGAAGAGCCAACGGGAGGUCAACAAAAUCUCGCGCUGCAUCAACCGCCUCGACGCCAUUGAAUCAGACAUCAAUAGGUAUGUUGCCUCUGGGCAGCGGCAGCGGCUUGCCAAGUGCAAGGAGGAGUUGGAGGAGCGGCAGCGCGACCAGCGCGAGCUCUCCGACCGCAUUAAGGACCUCGACCGCCACAUGUCGCAGCUCUCAUCCGACGUGUCCACGCAUAAGCAGUACCGCGCAAACAUCGAGGCAAACCUGCGGCACAGGGAGAAGGAGGAGGAGAUGCAACGCGUCAAGGCAGAGACUGACGCCCUGCGCCAGGAAAUGACAGAGCAAGACGAGGAUGAGGGUGACCUUGGUGAUCGUAGCGAGCUGGAGGAAGAACGAGACAGACUCUUGCAGCUCAAGCACACACUCACCGGCCGCCGCAGCGAACUCCUCAACAAGCUCCAGGUGGACGAAGAAGAUUUGGGCAAGCCGCAUCUGAAGAACGUGGAUGCAGAGUUUCAGCGAAAGAGUAUUGAAUGCCAGGCAACGAAACAGCUGCAGGAGGAUCUGAACAAGUACUACUCGGCCCUCGACAACGCGAUUGUCAAGUUCCAUGCGUUGAAGAUGGAGUCCAUCAACCGCAUCAUCAAGGAGAUCUGGCAGAAGACGUACCAAGGCAACGACAUUGACUAUGUGGAGAUUGUGUCUGAUGUGGAGAAGAAGAAGGAGACGACGCGUGGGAAGAGCUACCAGUACCGCGUGGUGAUGGUGAAGGGCGACACGCGCCUCGACAUGCGCGGCAGAUGCAGCGCAGGACAAAAGGUGAUGGCGUCGAUCAUCAUCCGGCUGGCAUUGGCCGACUGCUUCUGCGCCAACUGCGGUGUGCUGACGCUCGACGAGCCCACCACUAACCUCGACUACGAGAACAAGGAGGCCCUCGCCAAGUGUCUUGCAGACAUUGUGAAUGACCGCAAGGUGAAGCAGCCCAACUUCCAGCUGCUGCUCAUCACUCACGACGAGAAGUUCCUGGAGUUGCUGCAUCGCUUCUCGCUCGGCCGCAUCUAUUACCGCGUCUCAAAGGACGAAAGGGGACAUUCGGUGAUCCGCCAAGUGUCUGCGUAGUGGCAGCGAGCAAGAAGUCGGGGUCUGGGUGUCCGAGAUGCACGGGUCAUGGGCCAGGUGCCGCGCGCAUGUUGCUAGCGGCAAACUGCACCACCACCCCCCCCCC